AUGGGUCAGGGAACUCCGGGCGGGUUGAACCGGCAAGGCCUACCGGGCGACCGAAAGCCCGACGGGAACGAUAAGAAGGAGAAGAAGUUCGAGCCGGCGGCUCCGCCUGCCCGAGUCGGUCGAAAGCAGCGCAAGCAGAAGGGUCCCGAGGCUGCAGCUCGGCUCCCGACCGUGACGCCGCUGACCAAGUGCAAGCUUCGGCUGCUGAAGCUGGACAGAAUCAAGGACUAUCUGCUUAUGGAGGAAGAGUUCGUGACGAACCAGGAGCGGCUCAAGCCGCAGGAAGAGAAAGCCGAGGAGGAUAGAUCUAAGGUCGACGAUCUCCGAGGCUCGCCGAUGAGCGUUGGGAAUCUGGAGGAGCUAAUUGACGAGAACCAUGCGAUUGUUUCGUCUUCGGUUGGGCCUGAGUACUAUGUUGGGAUUUUGUCCUUUGUAGAUAAGGACCAGCUCGAGCCUGGUUGUGCCAUUUUGAUGCAUAAUAAGGUGCUUUCUGUUGUCGGGCUUCUUCAAGAUGAAGUUGAUCCAAUGGUGUCUGUCAUGAAAGUUGAGAAAGCUCCACUGGAGUCUUAUGCUGACAUCGGUGGAUUGGAUGCCCAAAUACAGGAGAUUAAAGAAGCAGUUGAGCUCCCACUGACGCAUCCUGAACUGUACGAAGACAUUGGUAUCAGGCCUCCUAAGGGAGUCAUAUUGUAUGGAGAGCCUGGAACUGGCAAGACCUUGCUUGCAAAGGCAGUUGCAAACUCAACAUCAGCAACUUUCUUACGUGUUGUUGGUAGUGAGUUGAUUCAGAAGUACUUGGGAGAUGGUCCGAAAUUAGUGAGGGAACUCUUUAGGGUUGCUGAUGACCUCUCACCCUCCAUUGUCUUCAUCGACGAAAUUGAUGCAGUUGGUACAAAGAGGUAUGAUGCCCAUUCAGGUGGUGAACGUGAAAUUCAGAGGACCAUGUUGGAGUUACUGAACCAGUUAGAUGGUUUUGAUUCAAGAGGAGAUGUCAAGGUGAUCUUGGCAACAAAUAGAAUUGAGAGUCUUGACCCAGCCUUGCUUCGUCCUGGCCGAAUAGAUAGGAAGAUUGAAUUCCCUCUUCCUGAUAUCAAAACAAGGAGGCGCAUCUUCCAGAUUCACACAUCAAGGAUGACGUUGGCUGAUGAUGUCAACUUAGAAGAAUUUGUUAUGACUAAGGAUGAGUUCUCUGGGGCUGAUAUAAAGGCAAUAUGUACUGAAGCUGGUUUGCUUGCUUUAAGAGAACGCCGUAUGAAGGUGACACAUAUAGACUUCAAGAAGGCAAAGGAAAAGGUGAUGUUCAAGAAGAAAGAAGGGCUUUUAGAAGCAGGACUGAGUGUCCAAAUGGGUCCUCGACUGUGCCAAGUCUGCAACGAAGCACAAUCCAAGUACAAGUGCCCCUCAUGCCUUGCGCCUUAUUGUUCUGUAGCCUGUUUCAAGAAACACAAGGAAAACCCAUGUGCUUUGCCAGUUUCUUCGUUGGAAAAACCACCAACCACAGGUCCGGAAUCACGGGUAGAUAGGCCAUUAACUGUUGAGGAACCGAGUGAAGUGCUGCAAAGGCUGCAACUAGAGGCUGUAGCUUCUUCCAGUGAAAUUUGCAGUGCUUUGAAAGAUGAAAACCUUCAGAAGCUCAUUCUAAAUAUAGAUUGUUCACCAGAUGCAGAGAAAGAACUUGAGAAAGCUAUGGGUGUGGAUGUGUUUCGGAUAUUUACGGACAAGGUGAUGCCCUCUGUUACUACUAUUAGAGAAUACUCUCUGCUUAUACGUCUAUAA